UCUUAACCACGAUGAAGAUUGCCAUAGAUUUUGACGAUGUGAUUAGUAGUACUAAUAGAGCUGUGUGCCAGUGGCAUAAUAGGGUAUACGAUACCGAAUGGACAAUAGAUGAUUUUCACUACUAUCACUACUGGAAAAAUCCUGGCUGGGGAAACGCACAGGAGACCUUCAAAAAAGUAACUGCAUUCUACAACGACAAUAAUGGUUUAAAUGCCACACAACUAGUUACAGGCGCAAAAGAAGCUCUCUUAAAGCUAAAAUCGGCCGGACAUGAUCUCAUCAUCGUUACGGCAAGGAAUGACAAUCAAAGGGAGAUGACACGUAACUGGUUAGACCACCACUUAGAGGGUUUGUUCGAUAAGCUUUACUUUACCGGUCAAUUCACGAGAGAUGGUGACUUGGAGGCUGAGAAUGAGGAUAAUGAGGGAAUUCCGACGAAGAAUGACCAGACACAUCUCUCAAAGGCAGACAUUAUUGAUAGAAUUGGUGCGCAUUUGUUAGUUGACGAUUCAAUUGAAAAUGCAUUCGGAUGCGCUAACCACGUUCGUAAGAAUGGUGUGUUAGCCGGUAAACCAAUACGUACAUUACUGCUCUCUCCUAUACCACCAUCGGAUGGCAUACCUAUCUGGCAUUACCCUUGGAAUGUCGAGUUAUCUAAACAGGACACGGAAGAAGACGCUUUGUCAUACGACGAGCGCAAAAAGCGCGGAUUACCAACUGGUGAAUCAAGACAACCAACGAAUUUACCAUCAACUAUCAAGAGAGUCACCAGUUGGGAAGACAUUAUUAGGAAGAUAGACGAGUAUGAUACUCAUUUACACUCAAAUGCAGCAACUAUAGAGGCAUCGGAAAGAGCACAUCCACAUUCAAUCCAAGUACAGGCGUAGCUUUAUGCGGAUGAUUGUAAAAAAUACAUGUAUUUCAAACUUAUGUCUAUACAUAUCCUUGGAGUGCGGCAACCUCAGCAUUCAUAACAGAUGAAGUGGCUGCACCAAUUUGUACAUUGUUCGCGAGAACAACAAAUUUAAUGUCGAAUAUACUAUCCUCUCUUACUCUACCGACGUUGACACCAGCACCAUUUUGGUGGUCUCUGUCUAAUCUUGGUUGAGGUCUGUCUUCUUCUUCAUGAACAGUGAUGACUUGAGCAGGUGCGGAUGGUGCACCUACUGAUUGAGCAUCACACUUGUAGUUCUUGAAAGCUUCCAUGACUUGUUCAGGUGUUGGCUUGUUUGGUGAUGCAAAUUUUACUGAUGCGCAUACCAUAUGUCCAUCAAUAACAGGUACUCUGUUACAGCUUGCAGAAACCUUCAAUGGUGAUGCUUGGUGAUACUCGAAUGAUUUCAUAUCUGGGUUUAUUCCACCUAAAAUUUUGUAUGUUUCCCAUUCCAUUUUGUCCUCUUCACUACCGAUAUAUGGAACGACAUUGUCAAGAAUAUCCAAGCUAGGAAGACCUGGGUAACCACUACCUGAGAUUGCUUGUAAGGUUGUGGCUUGUACCAAUUCGAGUGGACCGAAAGAUUUCUCGAGAGCUGCUAAUGGAACGACCAGAGCGGUGGUUGAACAGUUAGCGUUUGCAACGAUGUAACCUUUUUUUAAACCUAAUGGUUCUUGUUGUGCUGGAAUAAUUUUGUAGUGAUCUGUGUUGAUGAGUGGUACAACCAGUGGUACUAAUGGAUCACGGCGGUAAUUCUUUGCAUUUGAGAAAACAGCAACCUGUGCUUCACGGAGACCUGAUUCUAUGGAUGACUGUUAAGUUUGUUUUCUCUGCUAGGAGCCACUCACCAAUAGGACCUGCAACGUCAUGAUCCAAUCCAGAGAAGACGAUAUCACAGUCUUUGAAGUUCUCUGUUGUGCACUCUUUAAUGAUGACGUCUUUGACGGAUUCUGGGAUUGGCUUGGAUUGUUUCCAACGUGUUGCUUUAAUGUAUGGCUGGCCAGCAGAUCUGGAGGAUGCGCCAAGAGCGACGAGCUUGAAGAAAGGAUGGUUGUGCAAAUGCAAAAUGAAUCUUUGACCGACUGUACUGUUUAUUUAUUGUUAGAUUCUACAUAAGCUGGC